AUGGAUGAAACUAAUGAUGUGGAUUCUUUGGAAUUUACGCCAGGAAUGAAGUACUCAUUUGCCAGGAUGUGCUGUGAAAACUUUUAUGCCAGGAAAUUAUAUAUUUUCGGAAGGUGGGAAAAACAAAUCCCUAGAUACUUUUCUUCUCAAGCCCUCUCUGCCUCUCACGAUCAGUUCGAUCAGUUUUCUUCUCAAACUUUCUCUGCCUCUCACGAUCAGAUUCUUCUGGUGUCCAAGUUUUGUUGCUCUAUCGCUCUCUCUCACAAAACAUCUCCGGGAAAACGCCACUCCACCGCCGUUGAUCGACGCCGACUGCCCGCUCAGCCCACCAGCUCGCCUCCCUCUAAUCAUUCGAGUAUGGAUCCGAAGGACUUGUUUCUACAAGAGGUGAUGUGUAUAGUUAUGGUAUUUUGCUUAUGGAAACUUUCACAAGAAGGAGACCUACAGAUGACAUGUUUGCGGGAGAAAUCAGCUUAAAAGUGUUGGGUAAAGGAAUCAUCACCCCUUUCAAUAACUAAAGUGGUUGAUGCCAAUUUGUUGAAAACCGAAAGGGAUUGUCCUUGUACAUUGGAUUGCAUAUCAUCUGUAAUGGGAUUGGAAUUGCAGUGUUGUGCAGAGUUUCCUGAACUGAGGGUUGAUGCAAAAAAUAUUUCAGUCACACUCAAGAAUAUCAAAUUGCAGUUUCUAUAGGAUACUGAACGAAGCUAGUAUGAAAGCAUCAAACUUGUCUAUAGCUCUUUCAUGUUUGUGUUUUUAAAAUAAUAUAAU